CUUAGGCUUCUUCUCUUUGACAUAAAAUAACUUAAUUGAAUUGAAUUGAACUGAACUUAUUACAACUGAACUGAAAUGAACUGUUACAACUAAUAGAAAUGAUAGUUGGAGCCGAACUGAACUAAUUGCAAUUGAAUUAAACUGAACUGAUUGCAAUUGAACUGAACUGAAAAUAAGCUUGGGAAAACAAUCCCUUAGUUAGUAAAGUCUUGUAGGGUAGUACCCAAGACCUAAAAUCGAAUCCCGUCUACAUUACCACGCUUAGUCGUUCAUUCACACCCAAAGAAAUCAAGUUGUACGUGACGAUGAUUCGAUUCUUGCUCAUUGCAAAGUGAGAUCCCCAAAUUCCUCCAAGAGGAUCUUCAUCUCAACUUAAAAAAAUUAUAUAAUGUGUGCACUAUUUGCAUAUUUUUGGUGGCAUUUUGGGUAAUAUUGUAAAAGUAAACUUUUUAAAACACCCCUAUAUAGUUCUGAAAAGUGAAAGGUACCCAAAACGCUAGCCAGUUACUACAGAAUUACAAUCGUCAAUAUAUUCACUAUUUGUAGGAUAUGAAUUAGGCAAAGCCUGGCUGUCACAGAAGGGAUGCAGUGUCAAUAAUUCUACUUCCACGUUUUUUCUACAAUGGUGUUAAGAGUUCUAAGGUUGGAUCUCAAUAGACGGUUUUUGGAGUUUGUGUUUAAUUUAUGGGCGUUGUAUAAAGAAGGCCCGUGAAAGAGGAGUGUCCCAUGUUUGAAGAAUUAAUCAGAUGAGAUUUGAUAGAAGGAUCGUUGUCACAUGUACUACCAGAUGUACAAUUAUGAAUAUGAUGCAGUGGUAGAUCGUGAAUUAGAUGCCAAUUGUUUGUUUUGUGAUGUGAGCUUUUAUUUCUUUUUUGUUCUUUGUAUAGAGAAAAAGUCCAUUUUGUUGAAAGAGAGAGGGGAUAAGGGCUUGGGAGUCAAAUUGUGGACACUACGAGGGGUAUCUUGGUCUUUCUUCUUUGGAAUUGGUACCGCAUAAUCUUAAUUCUUAAGCAUAUUUUGCCAUCAACAAAAAUAUUAUUGAACUUAAUCUAGUACUUAAAAAAUAUUUCUACUUGAUUAGUACUUUCUCUUUAUCUUUUAUUUUUUUAUAUUUUUAAUUUUGACACUAUUUACAAUAAGAGAAUAUCUUCUACAUUCUUCUCAAUAUAUUAAAAAAUAUAUACUCAUGUGGGGUUCUGUUUGAUUCGUCUCACUGUGUAGUUUAUUAGUAUUUGAUCGUUAUAAUUUAUAUUAAUAUGUAACUAAAGAUAUUUAAGGUCAAAGUUCAUUGUGGCUCGACUUGAGACAAUGAGCCCACAUGACUGUAAUAUCUUUAUUUACAUAUUAAUAUGUACUUUAUUCGUCUCAUUGUGGCUCGACUUGAGACUUUAACGAACUGAGCUGAGUUAUGAUAAGCUCAGUUCGAAAGGCUCGUGAACAUGCUCAAUAACUUUUUUAUAUAUGAAAAUAAUGUAUUAUGUAUGUAUAUAAAUAUAUUUAUAUAUUAUACAAUAACAAAACAAUAUUUUUAUUGUCAAAUAAUAAAAUCAAAAACAGAAACAUUAAAAAACGGUUUUUUCACCAAAUACCCCUGACAAAAAAAUUUAUUCACCAAAUACCCCAGGUUUUUUCAAAAUUCACCAUAUACCGCUGACUUUUAACAAAAUUCACCAGAUACCCUUAGUUUUAACGGACGUUAGUGCUCUAUUAGGUUGUAUCUACAACUUUGCCCUUAAUUUGUGGCGCCAUUAUGGUUAUGUUCCUUUGCCAACCUGACAAAAAAUUUCUGCAAAAAAAAUCCACGCCCUUUGAACUCCCCCCCUCUUGCUCUGUUGUUCAUGCGUGUUCAAACAUCAAAGAAUCCUACAAACUAACUGCAAAUUUGAAGAUUUCUUUACAAAAAGUUGCGAUUUUGGAAGACAAAGAGGAAAGUAUAGAUUCGCGAACUGGGUGUUCUUCAAAAGGGGUUUAAAAAGACGAUUUCGAAAUUUCAGAAAAGGGUUGGAACGCAAAAUCAUCUCUACUCCCUUUGAAGGUAAGUAACUUCAUUGCCUUGUUUAUGUUUGAAAAAAGUAUUUUUUGAACUGCGAUUGUAUUCUGGUUAGUUAUUUGCAUGGUUAGGGUUGAUUUUGAUCAUGAAUUUUUUUAUGAAAUUUCUUGUUUUUGUGCAAUGUGGUAGUUGAAGUACUUAGUUUUUUGAAAUUUCUUGUUUUUGGGUUGUUUGUUGUUUAUUUUAGGAUGGCAUCAAUUUGGUUGCUUGUCCAUUGUAAUGGGCAUGAUUUUGAUGUAAGGGUGGAAGACACAGACUUGUGCCACUUAAUUGGAUUAUAUGAAGACUUAUUUGUGGAAUCUGAAAAACAGGAUGUGUAUCUCCCCAAAUCCUUUAGAAUAUUGGUGCACAACCCUAGAACUAAUAGGAAGAUGGAAAUAAGUAGUGAUGCUGAUUUAGAGAAGGUGUGGAGUUUUGGGAGGGGAACUGACACCAUAGAGAUGUGGGUUGAGGAAACAGACAAGCCAGGAAAUGUGUUUAGGGCAUAUGUACAUCUAAGGGAUCAGGCUGAGAGAGAGAAGGUUGAAAACAUUAAAAGGGUACAAGAGAUACUGAGGAAAGAGAGGGAAGAAGAAGAAAGGAGACAGAAAGAGGAAUGAAGAGGAGAGACUGAGGAAAGAAGAAGAAGAGGAGAGGGAAGCUGAGGAGGCUAGGAGGUACCUAGUUUCAAUUGAGGUACCUGUAUUGUCAGUGGAUGACAUUACAAUUUGUGAGUACAUGAGGGUGUAUCAAUCACAAGAAGAGGUUUUCCCUGGAGAUUCCCAACCUAAUCCCCCUACCCAACAACAAACACCCCCUGCCUCACCAUUUAGAGACACUACUCCUCCACCUACAUCCUCUCCCUCACCUGUGAGGAACCCUUCACCACCACCUACAUCCUCUCCCUCACAUGUGAGGAACCCUUCACCACCACCUACAUCCCCUCCCUCACCACCACCCACAUCCCCUCCCUCACCACCACCUACAUACACUGCUUCACCACCACCCACAGCCCCUCCCUCACCACCACCCACAUACACUACUUCACCACCACCAACAUACACUGCUUCACCACCACCAUCCACAUCCCCUCCUUCACCACCACCAUCCAGUAUCCCUGUGCAACCAUCCCAAAACCCAACCCAAACCAGUGCACAAUCUUCCACUACAACCAAAGCUGUAAGACCACCAAGAACAAGACCAUCUGGGUUUAAAGUUCCUAAGAGCACUGCAAAAAAUUUAGGGACAUAUGUGCCUAAGGAAAGGGGCACAUAUUCUAGGGGUAUGAGUAGCACCAGGUCAAGGGGCAACACUGCCUCUUAUACUGCUAAUGAGGGAAGAGAGGAUGAGGAUGAUGAAGGGAGUGAAUCAGAUGAAGACUUUGAGGAUGAUGAAGAGAGUGAGUCAGAUGAAGAUGCAAUCUUCAAUUCUGAUUUUGUUGUUGAGGAACACAUUGAGGCAUAUGAUGAUGAGCUUUAUCAGCCAGGUUUUGAGGAUUGCCUAGAUGGAGGUUCUAAGAAGGAUAAGAUCUACAAAAAUGGUAAAAUAUGGAAUGAAGUUCCAUAUGGAUCCAUAAGAUUAGAGCCUUGGUUGAUUUUUAGCAGCAAAGAGGAGUUCAUGGAUGUCCUUAGGAAUUUCUGUAUACAAGAGGGGGUUUCAUUAACUGUUGAGAAAGCUGACACAACUAGAUUUACAGCCUGCUGUGUAAUUGAGGGGUGUGAGUGGAGGAUACAUGCUGCAAGGUUAGCAGAUAAGGUCAGUUGGGCUAUUAAAACUUUGAAGGGAGAACAUUUAACUUGUGGGAGAUUGGAAGAUAAUCCCAUGGUGUCCUCUAAGUGGCUAUGUAAAAAUCUCUCUGAGGAGAUUGCUGCAAACCAAGAGGUGCCAGUUGAAGCACUACAGAAGGUGGCCAUGGAGAAGUUUAGGAUCAAGGUCAAGAAGAGGCUGUUGUACAAGGUGAAGACCUUGGCUAAAAGGGAGAUACAUGGAGGGUUUGAUGACUCCUAUGGUCUGCUGCCAAGGUAUGCUGAGAUGAUCAAGGCAACUAACCCAGGAUCUUAUGCCUUGGUUACUUGGACAGGGAACACAAGGGUUGUGGUUCCCAAAUUCAAGGCAUGCUUCUUUGCCUUUGCUGUUAAUGUCAGGGGGUUCAUAGGUGGUUGCAGACCUCUAAUAGGCAUUGAUGGGGUCACCUCAGUGGCAACUACAAGGGCAUACUCCUUUCAGCCCUAGGGAUUGAUGGCAACAAUGAGAUUUUUCUCAUUGCAUAUGAUAUUGUUGACACUGAGAGUACACCUAGCUGGACAUACUUCUUCAGAAACUUAAAGAUAUGCUUUGAGAAAGAAGGAUGCAAGAGAGAUGAUUGAACAUUCAUCAGUGAUAGAAUGAGGGGUGUUGACAGUGCAGUGAAUGAGGUGUUCCCAAGAGCAACAAGGAGGGUUUGUUGUCAACACUUGUACAUGAACUGCAAAAAUGCAGGGUACAGUGGGACAGCCUUCCACAAGCUCUUCUGGACAGCUGCUGAUGCAUACAAUGAGUUUUGUCUUCAAGAAGUCCAUGUGAAGAUUCAUGAAUACAACCCUGAGGCAGUGGCUUAUUUGGACUCAUGCACAGAGCAAUGGUCUAGGCAUGUCUUUGAUCCACUAGUUUGUUGUGAUCAUAACACAACAUAAUUUGUGGAGAGCUUCAAUGCAUGCACAAAAGCAUACAGGGACCUUCCUGUUUUCACUUUGCUUGAGGCCAUAAGAAACUGGUCCAUGAAGAGAAUUGGGCCAAGGUUUGAUAAGGCAGUUGACAUGGAUGUUAACAUGCUCACUGAUUAUGCAAAGAAGGUCCUACAAACUAGGAGUGAUGAAUCAAGGUUUUGCUAUGCUACUUCAUGUGGGGGGUGAAUUUGAGGUUAGAGAUGGGAAUGUGAGUUUCCCCAUUAGGUUAGUUGAUGGUAGGUGUGGGUGUGGAAAAUGGCAAGGUUGUGGUAUACCUUGCAAACAUGGGUUGAGAGUUAUUUUUGAUGAGAGAUUGGAGGCUGCUGAUUUUGUAUCUCCUUAUUUUAAGGGGGCAGCUUACAAGGCAACCUAUGGGGAGCACAUUCACCCCAUGGCUGAUCCAUCUCACUGGCCUGACCAUGACCUGCCCCUCAUUUCUCCCCCUGAUGUUAAGAGAGGUGCUGGAAGGCCUCAAAAGCAGAGGAAAAGAGGUCCAAAUGAAGCCAAGAAGGGCAAAAGGACACACUGUUAAGUGCAGCAAAUGUAAAGAAGUUGGCCACAAUGCAAGGACCUGUGGAGGUGGACCAACUGCUCAGACCAGGAAGGAGAAAGGGUCUACAUCAGCUGCACCAGGGACUGAGAAGAGAGGAAGAAAAAGGAAUGAAACAGAUGCUAACAGUGCCUCAACCAGCCAACCUCAAGCUAUGAAGACAAAGAGGAAGAACAAGAAAGCCUGAACUGUUUUAGGAGGUCUUAGAUUAUUUUGUUUUUUGUGAUUAUGUAGGCCUAUCAUUUUGUUGAUGAUACAUUAGGAUGUGCUUUAAAUGGUGAUUAUUUUUUUUGCUACAAUAGGUUUUAAGUUGAUGCUACAACAGUUAACGCAUGCUAAUUUGUGGAAAACAAUAUUACAUUUGGUCUUUUGCCCCAAUUACAAUUUUUCAUUUAAAUAUUACAAAUAUUA